CCGAGAAAAAGAAAAAACCCAAUAUGGCAGACUGGUCCCAACUCCCCAAGGAACUCCUCGGUCUAAUCGCUGAACGCCUCAACAGUCCCUUCUACCAGCUCCGAUUCCGAUCCGUCUGCUCCUCAUGGCGCUCCUCCGUCUCCCCCAGACCCCUCCUGCGCUUGCCGGGCCGUUUCCCCUUCCAUCAGUGCGACGGAAUCACGGACUCCACAUGGGGCUUCCACCUCUCCCGGCGCACCAUAUUCCUCAUCAGGUCCUCCGAUGCUCGUUCCCAAACACCCCCCAAUUCAUCCUGGCUUGUCAAGGUUGAAGAGAUCCAUCCCAGUCGAAUGCGCUUGCUGAACCCACUCUCUCGAGUCCAACUCAAGCCCUUGCCAACAUCUUUUCCUAACGCAAUGGACCUAGCCUGUUUCAACGUUUUGGAAUUGGGCCAAGAAUAUGUUCUCCACUACAUGAAUUUCUUGAAUUUCCGACCCUUCGGAGACUCUUUCGGUGAUCUCGGAAACUUGUACAUGGAAAAAGUUGUGUUCAUGAGCUCGGGUUGUGGAGAAAUCAACGAGGAAUUCUUGCUGCUCACUAUUCACGUUUCUGGAAAAUUGGCUAUGUUUAAGUCUGGGGACAAGCGGUGGACCAUAAUACACGAUAUGCCUUCCCCGUAUGACGAUGUCAUUUUGUUUCAAAGGGAGUUUUACGCUGUUGAUGGCACGGGGAGGACUGUGGUUGUCGGUUUGUCAUUGGAUGUGAGCUUGGUUGCCGAGUCUGUGUAUGGCGGGGACAAGAAGUUUCUGGUCGAGUCCAAUGGUGAGUUGUUAUUGGUUGACAUGUAUUUGAGUGCCGGUUAUGUGGGUGUUGGUGAUGGUGAUGAUGUUGAUGUUGACGAGGUUUUUGAUGAGUACGUGGGGGAGAGAGCGGUUCGGUUUAAGGUUUUUGGGUUGGAUAUAGAGGGGAAGAGGUGGGUGGAGGUGGAUAGCUUGGGGGAUCGGGUGUUGUUCUUGGGGGAUGAUUGUACGUUUUCAUCCUCUGUGGCGGAGUUGUCGUUAUCGAGUUGUAUCAAAGGGAAUUGCGUGUUGUUUACGGAUAAUUUCUUUUACACGAGGGGUGAAGGAGGUAGUAGUCUCAGUGACGAAGUUUUCAAGGGUCGGGAUAUAUGUGUGUUUGAUUUGGAUAAUGAUAGUAUUGCGCUUUUGGCAGAUUGUCCUGAGUAUUCGAGGCUGUUUUGGCCGCCUCCGGAUAUGGUUGUAUCGACAAAUUUGACGGUGCAAAAUCAAUUUGAAGAACUGUCCUUGUGAAGUGAAGAUUAUUUUCUUUGAUUUUCUGGCCCGUUAGAUUGAUGUGAAAGUGCUUGGUGGGUCAAGCAUGAAGAGGAAUUUGAUCUAAACAUCCGUCUGGGAUGGUGGUGGGGGCGGCAGCGGAGACAUCCGCAUACAGUUGUAGCUAUUGUCAUGGCUUAUGCAUCCUGAAGAUUGCAUCUUGAACAACAGAAUUCAACCAUGUCAAUGACCUAAUAAUCUUGCCAAUUGCUUUGCUACCUUGCUAUAUUUGCAUCUGGGAGCAUCUGCACAUCUCCCAUACAGAUUUUUAGUGCUAGUUAGGAUUAGGGAAGAUAAAGAGGAGCUACGGCUGAGCAAUCUGUGCUGGCCGAACCUGGGCUGCCUUUUGUUUUUGUCAUGGCGAAUUUCUGAUUAUAACAGUUGGGGCUGCAUUAGGUACAUAUGACAAGGAUUGAAAACAAUAAGCAGGUCCUAAAGAAAGUUGAAAUAUUAGUUUCUUUUUA